ACAGCCUUCUGUUUGCAAUUUCUUUGACAGCCCCAUCAUGGACACGGAAGGCAUACGCAUUCGCACAAGCGGCCUGCGCAGCGCCGUCAAAGACACAGUUCGAGAUAUUGCCUCCUCUGUCGAUCCCCCCCAACCCGCUUCCCAAACGCAAGACCGCGCCUUCAACCUUGCGCAGGUCCAUGACACCGUCAGCCCCCUGUUUGUCGCUCUCGCCACAAUCGUUGGCGCCGUCGAGCCCAUACUCGAUCGCGUCUCUGACCUCGUCCAGACCGUUUGGAAGGCCCUCGAGCCGUAUCAUCCGGAGGACUUGUUUGUCGCUCUGUAUGGCUUCCUGCUCGUGUUUUUUGGCGGCGUGUACAUGACCCUGGUUGCUUCGUUCGAGGCCGCGCAUAUCUUUGGAUGGGCUAAUAUCAAAAUGGCUGUCAGGGCACUGUACUACGAGUGGGGGAAAGCCCGCGCGGCGUUUGAGAGAGAUAAUAAGGUUGAUGCGAACCGCGACGGUAUUGCAGAUGUUGAAACGUGUCCGUCGCCUUAG